AUGAAUAUGCAUACGUCAAAUAAGAACGAUGUUAAUAUACUCGAUUUACCUGAAGAAGUAUUACUUAUCAUAUUUAGCAAGCUACAUAUGAUCGAAACGCUCUAUUCAUUGGUGGAUGUCGAUCAACGAUUUGAUCGUUUAGUACUCGAUCCUUGCUAUGUUCGUCAUUUAGAUUUAACGAUUCCACCAUUGCUUGAUCAUAACUCUCCAGUAAAUAAUCAAAUUUUUGAUCGAAUUCGUACAAAAAUAUUACCUCAAAUUUAUCAUAACGUAACUAAACUCACUAUUGAACCACGUUCUAUGAAAUGUAUUCUUAAUGCUAUUGAUUAUCCUGUUCUUACAUCGUUAUCACUAGUCAAUUUUCAAUCAGAAACACUUUUUCAGCAUUUAACAGGUGACAAUAUACUUCCUCAUCUUUUUACUAAUCAAAUUACACGUCUUGAAGUCAGAAUUCGUGAUAGAGAAAGAGGCGUACCUGGUGGAAGUGAAUUAAACAUAUUUUCAUUUAUAUUAUCUAUUGGUAAAUGUCUAACUGAUUUGACCUUUGGUUUACGGUGGAUAGAUGAAUGCAUGGAAUUUUCGUUUUUUGAACUACCAUCAACAACUUUUGUAUCUUCAUCUCUAACUAAGUUAGUUAUUACUCUAUAUACCUUUGAUGAUUGUCUUUAUCUUCUUGAUGGACGUCUCAAACAUUUGUCUAUAUUGAGUAUUGAUAUAGUCAAAAUUAGAAGAGCAUCAUCGAAUAUCGAUAACACAAAAAGUCUUCCUGAGUUGAAAUGUUUCUCACUAACAUCGCGUUGGUAUACAUGUUGUUAUGACAAUCGUAUCGUUCCAUUGCUUCGUCGAAUGUUAAAUCUUGAGGAAUUAACAUUAUUUCUUUCAGUAAUAAGAAACGAAUCAACUUAUAUUAAUGGUACUCAAUUAUACAAUGAUUUCCUCAUGUAUAUGCCACAGCUAAGCAAAUUUAAUUUCAGUAUACAUACUGAUAUUUUCAACAAUGAUAUUGAUAUUGAUCUUCCAUCGAACAACGAUAUUCUCAAUAGUUUCAUUAAAAUAGGAUAUCAACAAGUGAAUUCAUAUGCUGAUGAUCAGCUCACGUACAAAAACUGGGGCUGCUGUCAUGUCUAUUCACUUCCGUAUCAUUUCAAUGAUUUUUUAUUUAUGACAAGUCGUUUUCAAGGUGGUUUGUUCACGAAAGUUCGAUGGUUGCUAAUGCACGAUAUACGUCCAUUUGAAAAUGAACUAUUUAAAAUCAUUUCACAAGAUUUUCCAUUUCUCGAAAGUCUAUCAAUUAUUAAUCGAGAAUCACAAAAAAAUAAGCAACAUUCGUCUACAUUUAUCAAAUUUCCUCAUCUACUCAGACUCGAUCUCACAGUGGCACAUACUACAUAUGCGAUACAAUUUCUCUUCGAUAAAAACACUAGUUUACCUCGUCUGAUGCAUCUCGACAUUAAAUACAAAACAUUAGCGACUGUAACAGAAGGUUUUACUAAUGAUGCUGCACGGCAUACUUGUGCUCAAAUAGAAUCUCUUGUGAUUCCAGAGCUAUUUGUUCGUCCAGAAAAUUUUUUCUCAUAUUUUCCUUUGUUGUAA